UGCCAACCCAGAAGGCGGAUACAGACAGUUGUUGUUGACAUACACCCCAACAACGACGAUGCAGGUGCUGUGCACACAUUUGAUGCUGGUCCUGGUGCCGCUCAUCCUGUUCAUUGUGGCGCUGAGCCUCAACACCUGGGCGGAGAUCGACGACUUGCUGAUCUCUGGCACGCAUCUGGACUAUGGUCUCUUCCAAGUGUGCGGGUAUGACUCAUAUCCACCAGAACUGAACAUCACCAGCAACUGCUACGCAUACAACAGCGAUGCCAUCCCGCCUGCGUUGAAGCGAACCAACCACUUGGCCGAAGUGUAUGGGUGUGGGAGCUGCGACCACCGCAGGAAAACAACCAUCGCCUUUACCAUCAUGGCCGUCUUGUGGCUGGGCGUUGCUGCUCUGUUCACGUGCAUCGAUGUCGAGGAUGGUAACGGCGACUCGGAUGCCGUUGGAUUUCCCGCCAUGGCCGCAGCCGUCUUUGGUGUGAUUGGCUUUGCCGUGUGGAUUGUGCUGAUUCGCUUCGACUACAACAAGGACCGCAAGUGGAUCGAGCUCGCAAACGGGGAGAGCCAGCCCACGCUGCGAGACAGCACGGCGGUGCACAUCGCUGCGGCAGCGUGGGUGUGUUCGUUCCUCCUUGGCAUUGUCAUCUUCAACCUCAACGCCAACGAGACCACAGGCGUGUGCACGCAGUCCCAGAAGCAACGCUUCCCGCACACCACAUCAUCAUCAUCAUCAUCGUCAUCGUCAUCAGCAGCAGCACGUGGUGGCGGUCACGGUGAUCAAUAUGAGCCCGAGUUUGAGCUUGGUCCGCCGCCCGGCGUUGCGCACGACACUCCAUCGCGGGUGCCUGAUGAGGUGCUGCGAGCGCGGUCUGCAACAUCCCCGCCGACAGAGACCACCACAGCCGCCGCCACAACAGCCACCAGCCCCGAGAUCACCACCACCACGACUGACAUGACGUCUGGCAUCACGUCUGGAACGCCUGUGGACCGCCCGCCGGCAUACACCGCUGUCGUCGACGCAGAGUCGCACGCAUGAACAGAAACGGCAGCUGUGAAUGACAGGGAAGACUUUUGUGUUCUUCACAUGCAACGUCUACUUGUCGCUUCAUUUUGACCACGGCCCCCAUCGCCUCCUUCUGUCAUUGAGCCCAAACCUGGGGUUUGUUCUGGCGUUACAUUCCAAGUGCCUGCUAUCAUCAUGUGUGUUUAUUGCAUUGACAUGAAUUGAAUUGAAUACAGCCAAAUCUGG